GGUGCGUGGCAUUCUCUCUAAAUGCAAGAAAAAGUUUGACCGUGUUGUUAAUCGUAAAUUUAGCUAUGACACACCGAAGAGGUUGAGGGAGGCCGUCAAGGGGUUAGAUAUAGUUGUUGCCGGUAUGGGACCACUAGUUCAACUUGUUGCUGGGUUUUAUGGCCCUAGUGUCAAGCGUCAGAAGCUUGAGGAAAUCAAGAAUGCUCGCGAGACUAGCUUCUUGCUAACCGAAAGUGAGGUGCUCGGACGAGACGAGGAGAGGGACCAAAUAGUUGAAUGGCUGAUCAAACCAGGAGAUGCUGAUGUCAAUGUCUCCGCUUUUACAAUUGUUGGUAUGGGCGGGCUCGGGAAGACCACUCUUGCUCAACUAAUCUGUCAUGAUGAAAGAGUGCGAGAGUACUUCAAACUGAUUAUGUGGGUUUGUGUUUCUCAGGAUUUCGAUGUAACUGCGAUAACAAGAAAGAUUUUACAAUGUGUAAAUAGUGAAAAGAAUUUUGGCGACAAGAAUCUACAAGCACUCCAUGUGGAUCUUACACAAGAACUAAAGUCGAAGAGGUUUUUACUCAUACUGGAUGAUGUUUGGACCGAUGAUAACAUGACGAAGUGGGAGACAUUAGUUGCUCCUUUGAAAUUUGGACAGAGAGGAAGCAAGAUCCUGUUGACAACUCGAAUGGGUUCAGUUGCGGAUAUGGCGGCAAAAGUGACGAAAUGCAAACGGGAAUCACUAAAUCUAAAUGAGUUGGAGGAGAGUGACUGUAUAUUGCUUUUCAAUAAGCAUGCAUUCCUCGAUGUGAACCUUGGUGAUUAUAGAAACCUGCAGCUGAUCGGUGAGCUGAUAGUGAAGAAACUUGGAGGAAGCCCAUUGGCAAUAAAGAUCAUGGGAGGAAUACUGAAUUCCUGUAUGGACUAUGAAUAUUGGAAAAAAUUUUUGGAAGAAGACAUCAUGAAAUUACAACAAGGAAAUGACGGCAUCAUGACAAUUUUGAGAUUAAGCUACGAUCACUUGCCCGCAAACUUACAACUCUGCUUUAGAUAUUGCAGUUUAUUUCCACAGGAUCAUGUGUUUAAGAGAAAAACAUUGGUCAAUAUGUGGAUUGGUUCGGGUCUGAUUCCACAAUCUAUUUGUGGCAGGCAAAGGCAGCCAGAGGAUAUCGGAAAUGAGUAUUUAAAUCUUCUGACAAGAAAAUCAUUCUUUACUUGCAAAACCAGAGAUUAUGGGUAUAAAAUUACUAAAGAGUAUUUUAUGCACGAUCUGCUGCAUGACCUAGCACAAUCUGUUUCUCUAGGAGAAUGCAAGAGAAUUGGAGGUGAUGUUGCAGGAAAUAUUAUUCCAAAAACAGUUCGACACUUAUCUAUUGAGAUGAUAAAUCUUCUUUCCAUCAGAAAGUUCUCCAAUCUUAAGAAUGUGCGCACUCUUGUCAUUUCUGUUAAAGAGGAUAAUGAGCAUAAUGCAGAUCAUGCACUUGAAUUUCUCGAGGUUAUAAAAGGGUUUAAAAAGUUACGCUUAUUGAUCUUAGAUGUGAAUUUUUACCCUUAUAAACUGCCCGAUGCACUUAGUAGCUUGAUACACCUCCGCUACCUAUCUCUUUCACUAGGGGAAGUUGUGAAUGAAAGUAUUGAAUAUGAUGGCUUGACCAACUUGGUCAAUUUGCGUUCAUUAGAUGUUUCCGAUGAUGUGAUACAAAAAAUUCCUUAUAUUAGCAAAUUACCCUUCAUCCACAAAUUACAAAAUUUUAUUGUCCGAGAGGAGAGUGGUUACAAAAUUGGUGAACUAAAGAAUCUCAGGGACCUUCGUCACCUGUGUAUUAGGAAACUUGAAAAUAUGAGGACUUCUGAAGAAGCCAUUGAGGCCAAGUUGAAUGAGAAAGAAUAUCUCAAAUCACUAUCAUUGGAAUGGUCUGAAGACCGCUCUAAUAGUGCAGAAGCGGAUGAGCAGCUCCUCGAUAACCUCUGCCCUCAUAUCAAUCUCAAGAAAAUGCACAUCGAACAAUACCAAGGUGCUAAAUCUCCAUGUUGGAUGACAAAUCUGUCUUUUGUCAACUUGACAUCCAUCAAACUGAUUGAUUGUAAAGGAUGGGAGCACCUUCCACCUCUUGGGCAGUUUUCUUCGCUCCAAUCUCUAUGCUUGUGCGGACUGGAUGCAAUAAAGCAAAUAGAUUGUUCAUUCAUCAGAAGCAGCAGUGGAUGUGCCUUUCCAUCGUUGAAGGAGUUACAUUUAUGGCGCAUGCCUAACUUGGAGUGGAUUCAAGUAGAUGAUGGGUGCAUGUUUCCUCAACUUCAUUAUAUGAUUAUCAUCGACUGCCCUAAUUUGAGGAAAAUUCCUACUCUGCCUUAUAGUCUAAGACAAUUGCACAUUUCAAAUGUCGGCUUGACCACUCUUCCAACAAUAAAUCGGAAUUACACGGACAACAAUCGGCAAGAACAUUCUCAGGGUCUUCGAAACUUAAGCAUCCAACAAUGUGAGAAGCUCGAAUAUGUUCCACUAGAGUUUUUUCAGAAAUUCGACACCCUCGAUUGGCUGUGUAUAGAAAAGUGCCCGCAGUUGACAAACCGUGGGAUCUCAGACAUCCAACUGCCCUCUAAACUCAAUCAACUCACCAUUGGGUCUUGUGGCGACCUUGAGGUGCCAUUGCUCCAGUUAUUACCAAAUUUAACCUCUCUUUCCUGGUUGCAAUUAGUCGAUUGCCCAAGCAUAACAUCCCUUCCCGCAGCACAAGCGUGUGCACGGUGGACGAUGCUUUCCUACUUAGUGAUAAAGAACUGCAAAGGACUGUCAUCAUUUGGCGGAAUACAAGCUCUUGUAUCCCUCCGUUCUUUAGAAAUCAAAGGGUGUGACAAGCUAAUUGAAGUUGCCCUGCUGCUGCACCCUCCGUUCCCAAACGAUGUCUGCCAAAACAAGAAUGCAGUAAUGGACUGCUUUUUGAAGAAUGGUAGUCUAUCGAUUGACCACCACGCGCUCCUGCUCAUGGAGCCAUUGAGAAGUCUCUCCUCCAUCAACUGUUUGACUCUCUCUGAUGCUUCGAGACUCACCAGCUUACCUGAGGAAUGGCUACUGCAAAAUCACACUGCCCUCGAAACUUUACACAUAUGGAAUGCAAUCUCCCUUCAGUCCCUACCCCAGAGCGUGACAAAACUGUGCUCCCUCAAGCAUUUAGACGUAGUGAAUGCUAAUCUCAUCCAGUCUCUUCCAGAUCUGCCUGCUUCACUGCGUGAACUAUACAUCACCAGGUGUCACCCCGUGUUGAAGGAGCGAUGCCAAGAGAAUAUAGGCCUUGAUUGGCCCAAGAUUGCCAACAUCCCUGAUGUGACGAUUAAACAGUUGCAGAGUUAAUUGUUCGUUUACUUUACCAUCCUUCAUCUCGCCCCUGCUAUAUACUCUCUGCGAUUAACGCAAUUCGUUUCGAUUUCAAUGAGCUACAACAUCUCGUUCCAUCUUAAUCAACAACUGUUAUCUAAUUUGUUUCAGGAUUGAUUAAUUUCCUUCUUUUCCCGAAUAAUGCAACAGCAGUCAGGUUCGUCUUUAACUAGCAUCCUCCAUUAGGAAUUUUUUAUAUUUUUAAUUUUUACCCUUACACUUUAUGGUUAAUUUGGAUACAUAAUACGGGAAUUAAUAUAGCGCCAAUUAAUUGCGCCCUGUGAUUAAUACAUGAUGUUACGCUCGCUGGACGGAUUGGUCUUGUAAAACAAGCAAUGUAAUGAAUAAUAUAACAUAUGUUAAUUGCUAGUAUAUCAAUUGCUUUCUAGAGUUAAAAAAUAUGACUAAUUGUCCAGUGAUGAGUUAGAACAUAUAUAAGAGUUGCGCGUGCGCGCGACAAAAGCUUUCGAGUUAUUUUAAUUUCUUGGUGCAGGACUGCAGUAACGUGAUAACACUAGUCCUAUAUGUAUUUCACUCAAUUUGUUCAAGAAUAUAAAACGAGACUAGUAAAGUUUAGCUGCUUAUGUUCUAUUUCUGUAGUGCGGGAACAUGUAUUGAUUAGGACUCCAUAUAUAUUGCCGCUGAAUCUAGUUUUGCUUAUCUGGGAUAAAACAUGAUUACAAUCACUCUAUGUAUUCUCUCUUCUUUUUAGUUUUCUGGUGCAUGGGUGAAAAAGACUUGUAUUGUAGUCUAUCGACUUCAUUGUAGGAGCACAACAUGGCUAAAGCCUUGCCGCUUAUGUUCUUCUAUUUAAUUAGUACUGGACUCAUAUAUGACUCCCAAUUCAUGGUCAUGUCCUAUCAAUUUAUUCAUACGAUUAAUUAUGAGAAAAAGACUAAUUUGUUACUUUAUGCUUGUGUUCUUCAGUUUUGUUGGUGCAGGAUCAGAGUAAGAUUCCAUGCUUUUUUUUUGUGUGUGUGUAGCAGCCAAACUAAUGUAAAAUCUUUAAGAAAGAAAUUGCCCUCUUUUGCAGCACGGAGGUUAAAUGCUUCAAUUUUGUUUCUCCUUAAUUUAUAUUCGUAUAUACUAAAGAUAAUUUUGUGUUUGAAUAUUCCUGUACAAAUAGCAAAUCUCAUAGCCUGGUCAUAAGCUUGUUUUGUCUUGUGUAUUAUCCAAUGCAACAGUUAAACAUUGCUUUAAAAUGUUUUUCAAAUUAUUAUUAGUUUUUUAGCAGUACAACAGGCACCCAGAUUAAACUUGUGAACUCAAUUGCAGCAGUAUAAAUCAUGCUUUUAAAUUUUGUUUAACUUCUUCUUUGUGUUUAGUGCAGGCUCUCGCGCUAGCUGCUCAAUGGACAAGACUCUGUCUAUUCGGUCAACUCGCCAUAAGAGGAGAAUGAAGGCUAUGCUGCAGCAAGAAUCAACAUGCAACCACAUCCUGCAGUAUCUUACAUUUACUUUCUUUACAUUUUUAAAAGAACUUUAGAUUAAUUUCGCAUUGACUGCACAAAAAAACUAAAGCGUUACUGCUUAUAUUCUAUGUUUGGUGGUGGGAGAACGAAUUAAAGACUAUUGAUUUCUCUAUAUAUAGGAAUGUAACAAGACCAAAGUAAACUGCCUAUAUAUUUGCCUAUAUAUUUGUAUUUUUCUUUUUGUUCUC